CUCUCCUCCAACCUCCUGACCGCAAGCACGCCGGCCAGCUCGACCGCGCCCCUCUCCGCGAGCCAAGCUAACUAUCUACGAGCUAGCGGCAUGGCCAAGGUGCACCCCAACGUCGCCGCGCCAGAGCUGCCGGCUGGAGGCAGGGCCGUCGUCGAGGAGCAGCAGCCCACGGUGCUGACGGUGUGGCGCAAGUCUCUGCUCUUCAACUGCGACGGCUUCACCGUCUUCGACUCCGCCGGCGGCCUCGCCUUCCGCGUCGACCGCUACGGCUCCUCGUCGGGGAGCCGACGCCGCGCCGAGGACGUCGUGCUCAUGGACGCCGCGGGGAAGCCGCUCCUCACCGUGCGGCGCAAGAUCAAGCUCGGCCUGGGCCUGGGGGAGCACUGGGUGGUGUACGAGGGCGACGCGAGCGCCUCCGCCACCGCCGCGAAGCCGCUCCUCUCCGUGCGCCGUCACCACACCGGCCUCCGCCGCCGCGCGUCUGACAAGACGCUCGCGCACGUCACGCCGCUGGGGCCCUCUUCGGCCGGCGCCGACGCGGCCGCCUACGUCGUGGAGGGGUCGUACGGGCGGCGGAGCUGCGCGGUGCGGGACGCGCGCGGGGGCGCCCCCGUGGCGGAGGUGCGGCGGAAGGAGUCGGUGGGGGACGACGUGUUCCGGCUGGUGGUGCCUGACCACCGCCUGGGAACGGCGCUGUCCAUGGGCGUCGUCGUCGCCCUCGACCAGAUGUUCGGCGCCGCCUCGUCGCGGACGUCGCUGCUGCCCAGGAGCUGGUCGGCGUAGGAGGAGUACACUGGCCGCGGUAGGAGCCAGCUGGUGAAGCCGCUGACCUGGCGACCCCACACGGCAACAAGGUUCUUCGCAAGGGGAAAGCUACUGGCCCCACCUGUCGGCGUGAGCACAGUUUUAGGUGCAGAUUGCCCCGCAGAAUGUAGUAGCAAAGCAGAAGAGUAAUUUUCAUUUAAAUUUAGAAAACAAGGCUACGGAGGCUGGAUGCAUGCAUGACUUAGGAAUCGGUGUAUAUACGGUCAGCCUCUGAAACUUGUUCAUGGAUGAUGCUAAAAAUACUAUGUACAUGGAUCUGAAAUGUCAGUGAUAUACUAAAGUGAAUGCUUGUGUCA